AUGCACCCUGGGGCCCCUACAGCCUCUGGAGUCUCUGAGCCCAGCCCUCGAGAACUGUGUGCCUUCGUGAGCGGGGCAGCCAGCCACAUGCUGCGUGCCCUGCACCCUCGGCAGACCCGGCCCCCCAAAAGGAGGCCCAACCACAGGAGGUUUCUGCACAACCAGAUCUGCAGGCAGUUUGCCAAGAUUGAAGCUGCCACCCAACGCCUGGCCCUCUCCAUCUUGUCCCAGGAGGCACCUCCCCAGAGACCACCACACAGAAGGCCACCCUUGCCACCUCCGUCCCCCUUCCUGGGGGUGGCCUGUGCUGUGGCCCCCACUGAAGUGCCCUCUGCUGGCCCCAGCCUGAGCCUCGCUGCCCUGGAUGCCUCCACCCUCGACCUCUUUGAUGACAUUGCACUCAACCCAGAGUGUCCCUCAGCGCCAUCUGAGUUGUCCCACUGUGCUUGGGGCCAGCCAGACCUGAGGCAGUCUUCACAUUUCUAUAAUCCCAUACCCCCUGCCUCGAAUGGCCUGGGGGGAGUGGAUGGGCCCUGGGCUCCUGAGGGGGACUGGGUGGGCAGGUGGGAGUUGCCUUGUGCCUGCCAUUCUCAGGGAAUCCCUGAGGGCUGGGGGACCUGCUCCCCAUGA